AUGUCGGUCCCGGCAAAGCGUCGUCGCGUCAUUCUUCCCGCACCGGGCGCCCAACCCUCCGGAUCGUUCCCAUCAACCUCUUCAUCACUGGUAGCAACGCCAUCUCUCCAGCCCUCCGCCUCGGGACGCGGAUCGACCGGAGGAAGUGGGAGCAGCGAAGAAUCGUUGUUGGGGAACGACACGAGUCGCGAUCUUCAAUCCAGAAGUCAGAGCAUCGACUCAUCCUCAGCCGAUGCCAAGAAGCCCAGGGCCGCUUCCAAACGACAGGUUAUUGCAGUUGCUUGCGAUAACUGCCGCCGGAGAAAGGCAAAGUGCGACGGCCAUCGGCCAAAAUGCCAACACUGCUCCAAAAGGGGCGUCGAGUGCCAUUAUGAGGCCAACCAGGGCGAGACCGUGAGUCUCGCGCUCAAACGCAAGGCAAACGACCUCGAAAGCGAAAAUGUCCAGUACAAGGAGCUUUUCCGCAUGGUCUGCACCAAAUCCGAGGACGAGGCAAAGGAGAUUUUUCGUCGCAUACGCCUGUCCGGUGACCCCCUCAGAGUCCUCGAAUCCAUCCGCCAGGCAGAGAUUCUGCUCCCCUCUCUCCCCGUCAAUGACCGCGUGAGCGAUUCGCGACUAGCAAAGCUCAACGAAAAGGCAAUGGAAAACAGCCUCCUCCGCGUGCCGGCAAAACCCUGGACCGCCGUUGCAGACGAUGGCAUUGUCUCCGAGUUGAUUACCGACUUUUUCAGCUGGGACAAUGCCAGUUGUUUUCCCGCCGUUGAGCAGAACUUGUUUCUCGAGGACAUGAGGUCCGGGAAUAUCAAGCGCGCAAAGUGGUGUUCCCCUAUCUUGGUGAACGCAAUCUACACCGGUCAGGAUCUGGCCAGACAAUUCCGAGAAGAGGUCAUGCAGCUAGUGGAGAAAAGCCACGGCCGGGCGUCAAUCCCUACGAUCCUAGCUCUCGUCCUAGUGGACUGGUCAGCAAGUAUUGCAGGCGACGAGGCCAGCGCCAAAAUGUAUCGCUUCAUGGCUUGGGAAAGAUAUAAACGCUUCAAACCGGAGCGACGCUUCGCCCAGCUCAACAAGGACGACUUCAAUGAUGCAAUUGAAAUGCUCGUCAUUUCGAAAGCUGUGUGGGCAAUAUUCUUGAUGGAGAGAUUAUUCGACAACUAUGGACGCGACGCCCACGAGCCUCUGGGCAACGUCGACGUCCUCGGUCGACCAUAUCUAGAAUCUACAAACCUGAUACCAGUCGUUCCUGGCAUUGCAACGGUCGUAUCCGAUCUCGCCAUGCUACAGUAUGAUGUCAUGUCGUACCUCACGUCUGGCAGCACCAUCAAGGGAAGCAUCGAAGAUGUGAGGCGGAAGAAGCACUGGAUGCAUGAGAACGAACUAGCCUAUGCCGUCCUACAGUCACUCAGCCCAUCAACCAUCUUCGACACUCCCUUUACCCCACACUCAACAACCGUGAAGUCCCUCUGUCUCCAGCACUGCAUCUCCGACACAACCAUCGCAGAGUCAUACCUACAACGCUACUGUACUCACUCGUACAUCACCCGCGUCAUGUUCGUAGCGAUGCAAAACCUCAUGCCCUACCUCAAUGAAGGCCACGCUGCCACAAACGACCUCUUCACCCGCCUUUGCAUGAUGGGCGGUAUCUCGGCGCGCGUCGUCCGAAUGUCAAUGUACCUCCUUCAAGCGGUGCAGGCCAUGGCCUGGGCAAUGAAGCAGGACAUCCCGGCCACUGCGAGGCCGUAUCUCGAUCCUUGGGUGAAGCUAGCAAUCCAGGAGAGCGAGACAAAGGCACCGAGUUACGCAGUUCCGGACCGCGAUGAAAUCAAGGCCCUUCUGGCCGACGAUGAUCAGAGCGAUGGAGGAUCUGUCGAAAGCGGCGCUGAACUGUGGGCAUUGGUGGAGAAGUGGGCUCUCAGCACCGGGAAGGGUCUCUGA